AUGGGGAACAAAGGAACCAUGAGAAACCAAACAGAAAUCACUGAAUUCAUUUUGCUGGGAUUUAAGGGUGAGUCACUGCUGCAGAUAGCUCUCUUCAUUCUCUUUUUGGUGAUGUAUAUCAUAACUCUCGUGGGGAACAUUGGUAUGAUCAUAAUCACCACAGCUGAUGCUCACCUUCAAACUCCUAUGUACUUCUUCUUGAAGAAUUUGUCCUUCAUAGAUGUCUGCUACUCAUCUGUCAUCACUCCCAAAGCCAUGCUGACCUUCUCAACUCAGAACAAGACAAUUUCCCGUAAUAAAUGUGCAACCCAGAUGUUCUUAUUCUCUCUUCUUGGGACCACUGAGGCUUUUUUCCUGGCUGGCAUGGCCUAUGAUCGUUUCACUGCUAUCUGCAACCCACUGCUUUACCAUACUACGAUGUCUAAGAAGACCUGUGCACUUCUGGUGGCAGUUUCAUACUUCUUUGGCUUCCUCAAUUGUAGCAUACAAACAGGCUUCACAUUCAGUUUGUCCUUCUGUGAACCUGUGGAGAUCAAUCAGUUUUUUUGUGAUGUUCCAGCCGUCAUGAAGGCUUCUUGUUCUGACACUUUUGUAAAUGAAAUUGUGCUGUUAGUGCUGUGUGGGUCUAUUGUAAUAACAACAUUCUCAGUUAUCUUAAUCUCCUAUGCCUAUAUUGCAGCUACAGUCCUUCACAUACCUUCUGUCCAGGGAAAGCACAAAGUUUUCUCAACUUGUUCUUCUCAUGUCAUUGCUGUGAGUUUAUUCUUUGGGACAGCUUUCUUUAUGUAUGGCCAGCCUGGAAGCAUCACUUCUCCUAACCAGGGCAAAGUGGUAUCUGUCUUCUAUACUAUUGUAAUUCCAAUGCUGAACCCAUUGAUCUACAGUUUACGGAACAAGGAGGUUAAAGAAGCUUUGGUGAGACAGCUAAGAAGGAUUACUUUCUUCCACUAA